CUAUCUGAGGAGAACUUCCUGCCACCUGCAGGGGAAGGACCUGUCUGCCCCUGUUUGUAAUGGGGUCCAUCCAGCACUCAGCCGCUUUGCUUCUCUUCGUCCUCGCAGGCCUCUGCGUUGGCCAGAGAAUAGUGCUGGUUCAGGAAGGACGUCUUUACCGGGCUAAAGGUUAUCACAUCACCAUCUGGUGCAAUGUCAGUGGCUACCAGGGGCCCUCAGAGCAGAAUUUCCACUGGUCCAUUUACCUGCCAUCUGCCCCAGAGCAGGAAGUGAAGAUUAUCAGCACCAUAGAUCCCUCCUUCCUUUACGCCACCUACACCCAGCGUGUGCGGAGUGGGAAGAUCUACGUAGAAAGGGUACAAGGGGACUCUGCCCUGCUGCACAUUAAGGAGCUCCAGGACCAGGACGCCGGCGAGUACGAGUGCCACACACCCAACACCGACGAGAGGUUCUUCGGGAGUUACAGCGCCAAGAUGAACCUCUCAGUGAUCCCCGACACUCUGUCCGCCACCAUGACACCGCAGGCCCUCACCCUAGUGGAAGGAGAUCCACUAGAGCUCACCUGUGAGGUGUCAAAAUCCACAGCUCAACACACCCACCUUUCUGUUGCCUGGUACCAUCUCCAGGGAUCAGGAGAUGCUCAGGCCACAGUGAUCCUUUCCCUGUCCAAGGAUUUCGUCUUGACUCCGGGCCCCUCCUACAUGCAGAGGUUUUUGUCAGAUGUCCGGCUGGACAAGGUUGGGGACACCACAUACAAGCUGUCUAUUGGCAAAGUGCAGCCCUCUGACCAGGGCCAAGUGUAUUGUGAGGCGGCUGAGUGGAUUCAGGAUCCUGGUGGGUCUUGGAAAGAUAUAACUCGGAAACAAACGGAAAAGACAUUGCUGACUGUCAGAAGCCAAGACAGAGAUUUCCAAGCUAAUAUUGCUGCUGUUGAAAGUUCCCUUGCAGAAGGGAAGCCCUUGCAGGUAAAUUGCUCUGUGACAGCCCAGAAUAGCCAGAACCGAUGGUUCCAAGUGGUUUGGCUCUUCAAAGGAGUAGAAGUAGCUAGAAUUGACCCACAUGGGGUACUGGCCUUGAAGAAGGAGUAUGAAGAGAGAGCUGCCUUGGGACAGCUCCAAGUGGUGAAGAAAAGCAAUGAGAUGUAUAUCCUCAAAGUAUACCAGGUGAGGCUGAAAGACAACGGAACAUACAGCUGUGAGGUUUCAGAGAUGGAGAAGGCUUCCGCAGGUUUUUCCAUCAUCCAAUCCAAGAUGUUGUCAGGCAUUGAUGUCAACGUGAAGCCAAUAGAAAGCCACAUGCAAGUGUCUGUGCUCAGCAAAAGGCAGAUAGUGGAAGGAGACACCUUGAUCCUUCACUGUGAGGUGAGUGGAGCAACAAGCCCACUCUCUGUGAAUUGGUGGCAUCUGCAAAAGAGCGGAGAUCAACUGGAGCACAUAGUUGGGAUGGAACGGGAUGGCAUGCUGAGGCCGGGCCCCUCCUACCAGGAACGCAGUGCUAAUAGGGACCUCCGACUAGAGAAGAUUAAUUCUACCACAUUCACCCUGGCGAUCUACAACACUUCAGCCACCAGUGAUGGAGGGUCUUACAAAUGUGAAGUGACAGAGUGGUCCAUGGACAGGAGCUGGAAACAGACACAGGAAACAUCAGUAGCCAUUAGCCCUCUCAGUUUGGAUUUGAGAGCCAUGCUGAUAAGCCGAACAGCAAAUGUCAAAUUUACUCAGGAUUUUGAACUGUUCUGCCAGGUCUCUGCCCCCUAUCUCAUCACCUCAGUGCCAAUAUCGGUAACUUGGCAAUUCCAGCCCAUCUUAGGGACUAGUGGCUAUCAACAGCUGAUCAAAAUCAUGCCCAGUGGCACCAUCGAGUGGGGGGCUGCCCAACCUCACUUUCAGAGGAAGACCAGAGUCACACAAGCUGCAUCUUCCUCCCAACUUCUAAUCCACAGUGCCACAGAGCAGGAUGCAGGCAGGUACAGGUGUGAGGUGGAGGUCUGGAGGAGAAGCUCCCAGCAAGCACGACACCUAGCUAUGGCAGCAGCUGCUGCUGUGAAGUCUAACGUUGUGGAGAUAAAGGUCAAUCCACCAGAGAGCAAGCUAAGAGUAAACACAGAAGAUAGAUCCCUGGAGAUCUCUGGUAGCACAGACACAGAAAUCGAAUGCAGUGUCACAUCACUGACUCAGAGGGAUUCUCAGUUAGCCAUUACCUGGUACUUCCUACCACCUUCUCCAGCUGAUGCAGCCCCACUGCAAAUUGUGAGGACCAACUACAGCAACAUUCUGGACUACGGGGCAGAGUUCAGCUCUGCUAUGCAGAAAUCUAAAUUCCACAGUGAGAGGGUCUCCAGCAACCUGUUCUGGCUGCGUAUUCUGUCUGUGAAUCAUGGUGACCGUGGCAGGUAUUACUGCCUGGUAGAGGAGUGGCUGUGGUCAGCAGACCGUGGCUGGUACAAUCUUGGAAAGAAGGAAUCAGGAAAGACCAUGCUGGAGUUCAAAGUUUCAGAAAACAAGCUCCAUGUUGAAAAAACAAACCACAGCAUCACAGCCACAGAGAAUGAGGAUGUGACCCUAAGCUGCCUCCUGCAGGGCCCCUCCCAACCAGCCUCUCUCUUCUCUGCCAUCUGGUUCCAUGGUUUGGAGCAUUCUGGGAUGAAAACCCUGGUGAAAGUGCACACCAGUGGCAUGGUGGAAUAUGCUGAGGAGGCGAUGGUGGAGAGGCUGCACCUUCGCCGCCCAUCCUUCGGCGACUUCAACCUGACGCUGCGGAGCGUGGAGCCGGGCGACACUGGGGUGUACUGCUGCCAAGUGCAGGAGUGGCAGCAGGAUAGCGGUGGCGCUUGGGUUCUGCGGGCGUCAGAACUGUCCGGGUACACAAGGCUCACUGCGCUGCCUCCAGAGUCAACAAUUUCUUCCAGGGUCUGUUCGUCUCCAUCACUGCUCCACUUCAUCCUAAUCUACCCCCUGAUUCUGUUCCUUGGCCUGACAGCUGCUCUCCUCUACUUGUCUGUCAAGAACAGGCAAGCCCACAAGGAAUCAAUCUAUCAAAGGAAAGGAAAAGAGCUGUGGGUGGAUUUGAAAGGGACUGGAGAUGUUGAGCCCACUUAUUCUGACCAUAAUAAUCUGGAGGAAGAGAUGAAUAAUCUGAAGGAGGAAUAGAUGGACUGAAUGCUCAGGUGGCAUGUGGGGGGAAGGGACUCUGUGCUGCUGUUCAGCAUCAUAUGCUCUGAACCUUGAAAAUGUGCAUUUUCCCUCAGUCACCUUAAUGUGGCAAAUUAAGAAAGUGAUAGGAGACAGAUUGGAUGGCUAAGGUAAUUGGGACUGGAGCUUUCUUGCCUCUCUACUUGCAUAGGUGCCUAUGUGGCUCUCCUCCUAUAAUGGUAGUUUCCGAGGCCUUCAUAAUAUUAAUCAGUUUAUCCUUACAAAAGCCCGUGAAAAAGGAAAGUACUAUGCCCAUUUUACAGAUGGAGUGUUGAGACUGAGAGAUCAAGGCUGAGAUUUCAAAGGGAUUUGGACAUCUAAUUCCUGUUAACUUUAAUGAGAAUAAGGCAUCUAAAUUCAAGAUGCGACUUUGAAAAUCUCAGCCCAAGGGACUUGGCCAAGGUCCAGCAGGAGGGCUGUGGUAGAACUGCGACCUGAACCCACAUCUCCCAAGUCGUAGUCCAGUGCCUUAGCCACCAUACCAACUUUCAUCUUACAUUGGCUGGCUCUGGUGCAGUGGUCAGUGGCUAGUGGCCAAAAGUCAUUACCAACUUCCUCUUGAAUGGUCUAUGAGAGAUGAGUUGGUGGAUCUUAAUCCAGUUCUCAGGGGAAAAGAGUCCUCACAUCAAUAAUCACAACUCCAUCUGGCACCAGUUGGCCUUCUUGUUGGCAAUCGUAUCUGAGUGGGCCCUGGAGACUGGACUCCCCUCCCCUUUCAGAGAGUGGUCCCUUCAGGGCAGGAGGGAGGCACAGUGGCAGACCAGUGGUGGUGGGGGGUGGGGUGGAAUCUAGAGUCGCUCCUAUUGCUGGGCCUCUGCAGUGCAUAAGUAGAGGCCUUCACUGUCCAAUUCUGUCCAUCUAGUAUAUUUCACCAGCAUUAAAUUCACUCCAAAAACGUAAAUGUAAAAAGCCCCUCUAUUUCCCAGCCCAUCCCACCCUGGAACACCUCUGUCCAAUGCAUGCUAUGAAUACCCCUCUUUCUGCUAGCCGCAGUGCAAAACAUGACCUGAGUACCCUGCUCCACCUGCUAAUUAAAACCCCAGUUGCACCAGCUAUGGCCUGGAACAGAGCUGAUAGGCUCUAUAUUAGGUGAGGGCUGGCUGAGACUGAAAAGAUGUCCAUGUGAAAAACACCAAGCACCUUGGAAAGGUGUCCAAGGAAAGGUCUUAUUGUCCCAGCAAGGGAGUUAUAUGGAGCUGGGGAUCAUAGAAACAAACAGCAGCUGCCAGGCUAGCUCAGUGUCACUCAUGUAAUCCCUUUGAUGUGCUAGUCUUUCUAUUUCCAUCCUCUUAUUGGUUGACUCUGGAGAAAGCUGCAUCUAACUCCCCAUGGGUGGCAGGAUGCAGCACCUUUCAGCAAUGACUUCGGCAAAAUUCAUCUCCAGUUCUUUCGGUGCAACGCACUGUAUGUGUCCAGACUAGCCUGUAAGCUGCUUAGGGCAGGGACUGAGCACAUAACUAAUACAUAAGUGGGAAAUCGGGAGAUCCCGGAGCUGUCUGGCAGUGUUUCAACUGUGAUUCUGCUACCACAUGGCUCCUCCCACCAGGCUACACUGGUUCUUUGGACAGCAGCUUUCAGAGCCAGUCAGGCAUGCCUCAGAGCCCGGCAGCACAAGGAAGUGAGAGAUCCCAGAGGUUCUAACCUAAAUCUAGAGAACGUCUCUCUGCUCUUUACACUGAAUGGACAGAUGGACCCACAGAACCACGGUCUUGGAACACUACCCGUGUAUAUGUGAUCACUGAUUUCUCUUCUCCUGCAGUAUCACCUAUGCCCUGAUUCCCCGCAGUUAGUGUUAAUUCUUAUUAAAAAUGAACAAACAGGGGUUAUUAUAUUUGCCUUACAAUUAUAUUUUUUCAAACCAUACACUCAAAUAAGCAUUAAAACCAAAUAAGGAUUGGUUGGCUCAGGGGACUGGUACUAAUGGAAUAUGCAGC